ACUUAGCAGGUUUAAUCAUUACACAUGGCUGUAUGUGACAUUUAGACGAGCAGAAUAACGAGGCAGAGAGCAGCAACAAGGAGGGUAUUUAAACAUGUCCAGCAGAAGCAGUCUAGCUUUUUUAACGCUGUCCUGCUUAUCUGUAUCUGUUGUAUCUAUUGUGCAUUAUUCAUCUCAAGAGCUCCAGAGGUGCCCAUCAGAGGGUUCAAAUAUAAAUUCCUAAGCGCUCUCAUCCUCUUGCUAAAUUGUGAUAAGUGUGUUUGCUGCUGAUUGGUGAGGCUCCUCAAUCAGGCUUCUGUUCAAAUGGCCGGUCCCUCCUGUUUUUUUAUGCUCCUGUGGGGUCUGAAAUAUGUAUUCAUAUUUAUGUUCUUUGCAAUGACUUGAUCUUCAAUCAUGCACACUAUAAGUUAUUUGUUCCAGAGGUUUUCCUUUUGCUGGCCUCUUGAAAUCGCCUCAGCAUCUCAUUCUUCCAUUUUUAGCUGUUUUGACUCCAGCUUUCUUCGGUGCCAAUGAGGGAAGGGGAGUCAGGCUGGCUGAACAACGUGGGGAUGACAGCUGCGUCUGUUUAUCAUGUGGGGUACAAUAGCACACCUUGAGAGCCAGCCAGAACUUGUAUUCUCACUGAUCCAACACAGCAGGCCAGAAUUAAUCAUAUAGAUUCAUAUGUGGGCAGGAUCAAAAUGCAAGACAUGCUAGAUCUGUGCCACAGACUUCAUUUGACCAAAUGGUAUCUGUGUAUGACGCUAGACAGGCCAUACAGUAUCACAAAGUAAACUUGGAAGUUAAAAGUUAAAUUGCUAAGGAGAUAUUUUAAAUUAUUUUGUUAAAAACACUGAAAAGCUUAAAUUGCUUACAUUUUCUGCUCAGUUCCCUGAAACCCAGUGUAUUAUCUUUGUCUGAUAGAAACUUAAAGUAUGACACAAAACUCAAAUAAGAUAGCAGAAUUACCUUUCAUAAAAGAACUUUUUAAUAAAAAUUGUUUUUUUUAUGUUUAAACUCUCUUGUAAAGUAAAUAGAGUUAUUCAUCUAAACACCUUGUAGCCUAGACUAUUUAACAGUUUUUAAAUAGUCAUUUUCAAACAAUUUCAGUCUUAUAAAUAUUAAUUUUCUACACAAUUUCCUACCUGACCUCUUUACAAUGAGCAGGUUUUUUUUUAAAGUAUGUAUGUAAGAUUUUAAAAAAACAACUUUAUCCCCCAAAUGAGAAAUCACUGUUAAAACAUGAAAAGCAACUUAGCUCAGUAACAUGUGUACAGUAUCACAAAAGAAAAUAGCUUGAAAAGUUUUAAAUAGAAAAAACAAUAAGUUAAGAGCUCAAUAAAUGUAAAUAUAAUAUAAUAAGUGCCUUAAAUCUGAUGAUUUGGUGAAGACUUUUUGUGCGUGUCCUUGUGGCAGCAGAGUGCAACAGAGAAAGUGUUCAGCUGCGUGUCCAACAAGUGCUGCAGAAGGUGGUGAGGAUCCAUUAACUAUCCGUAGCCAUUCACUACAUCUUCACUCAUUUGGACGACCUCCUCAUCAGCUGAUGGAGGAAUCCAGAAAGUGUGUUGACUCUAACUGGGGCAAUAGCGAUGCUAAAGUUCAUCAGCCAGUUAAAUGGAUGCAUUAAAACAGCUUUACUCAGUGUUUAGACCCCACAAACAUUCUUUCACAGUACCGUGCUUCGGAAUGAUUUAAUUUACUGAAUUAAUCCAAAUUUUUACCUUCAUAAUCUGCAUACUUUCUGAGUCAAAGACCCUAGAAGUACACCAGAGGCUCCAAAUUCAUGACUGUUAAAAAAUGCUGUGAGUUGUUAUAGCUAUUUAUCCCACAUUAUAUGAUGCACUUUUCAAAGUUUUCUCAAGUGAUAGAACAUCCAGGGCACCAUUGCUGGGCUCUGUUACUCUGGACCAUGAACAUUCAAUUGAUGCAGUUUUGUUAUUGAAGCUAUAAUGUAUCUAGUGGAAUCGAUGCUCAUAGUUAUUCAUAGGACAAAAUUGUUGUCAAACAGAUUUGGUUUCAGUUUUUAACCGAGGUCAAAUGUGUUAGUCAUCCCUGAAAAUUUUAUGUGGAUAUGUCCUCUACUUAAGCAGUUACAGAUGUUUAAAAUGCUGGGCAAAAGGUCAGCUAAGCCAUUUCCUAUGUACUCUGUAUAUAGGAAUUGGCUUAUCUCACCUAUGUACAAUUUUGAAAUUAAGUCUUAUAUUAAUUUCCAUUUAUAGAUCAGAUUGAAUUAUCUUAGAGCUAUGUUCAUUUUAAAGGACAUUUUGUGUUUCUGGUGUCAAACAGAGAUACUGAAAGCAUUGUUUCCUUUGUAGCACAUUUGUAAAGAUUAUUUAAAAUUGCUUCUUUUUUGGCUUGAAUUUUAACUUCACCAGCUGUCAAUCACCUUAAUAGUGCGUGGAAUGAAACAGGAUCAAGGUUUGGGACCAAGUUUUUUGUCAAAUGAGGACAUAUCUGCAUGUACUUACAUGUCCACUAUUGAUGCUAGGCAGUUCCAAAUGCCAUUUCUUGGACUUGUAAUAAUCUGCAAGUUUAAAAAAAAAAUUUCAUUAUUGCCGAGAGUUGCACCAGCAAAAUCUUCUAAAAAUAAAUAAAUAAAUUAAGAUACACAGAAGUUAAAAGUAAGGUCUGUGUUGUAAUUUUAGAUUUAUAUUUACAAGUAAUGUGAUCACAGUGAGAGAAGGUUUAAAUCAUCAGUACUCUCUGCUAAGGAAACUCCUGUUAGGGACGCUCCUUUCAGGAUACAAAUGUUCAAAUUUUGGGCAGAGAAGACAAACGGCGGGAGUGAGAGGUAAAGGGGGGGACGAUCUGAUCUGCAUACGUCUGAAACUGACCGAUGCCACAAACUAUCAGCCCUUUUAUAAUGCAGUCUUACGAUCCCUUCCGAGGCAAUUCAACCCUCAUUCACACCUUGACCCAUGUGACCUUAAUGACUCACACAAUGGCAGGUUGUGGCACUGUCUCACAGAGAAGUCACACCUUGGCUCAUGUCACCCUAAAGACUCACUGGAUGACUGGGUGGGUCAGUAUCACCUCCAAGGUGACAACUUCAGUUAAGGUUAAAUACCUGGGACUCAUAUCACCUUUUAGAACUAAAGAAGCCUUUCAGAUCAGAAUGUCUUCAUGAACGUUAUAAAAAGAAGGCCAGUAGCUUUUUUCUCAAGCACUUAGGACAAGGAUGACUGGCUGGACCUUAUCCUAUCUGACUUUGGGCUAGAUCAGAGACAGGUAAAAACACUUUCACAGUGAGUGGAAACCAGAAUACCCAGGGGAAACCCACAUUGCCACGGGAAAAGCAUGCAAACUUCACACACAAAGGCCGCAGCCGACCAUAAGGUUCAAACCAGGGGCCUUAGUACAAAGCGAGAGAGCAAUCUGAGUCCUGAAAUAAACAAGAGAUUGGAAUAUGUUUGCCAGUGAGCAGAUAUGGAUCAAAACAGUGCUCGAUUUGAAAUGCUUUAAAAUUGGCUUAGUGUUAAUGUUAAAUGUAAAAAAAUAUAUAUUUUGUUUGUUUACAAGAAAUCUCCACAGGGCGUCUUGUACGUAUCUUACAUUUAUCAGCAUAUUGCUCCGUAGUGUCACUUGUGGUCAAAUAUUCCAAAGCAUGCCUUUAACACAGGACUGAAAACAAUGCAUUUUGGAUAUAUUUGUAUUGAAGACAGCAUGGCAAUGAAACUAUUCUCUCUCCCAUUCUCUCUCCCCCCCUUACAGCAACAAGGUCCUAGGUUUGAAUCUGGCAGCUAUAUAGAGCCUUCCUUUCUGGGGAGAGUAUCUUCUAUCUGUGUGGGUUCUGUUAUGGACUCCGGCUUCCUCACAAAGUGCACAUACUUGGUGAUUAUUGUAGGUCGGAAUGUGAGCAUGAAUGAUUAUCUGUCUCUAUGUUAGCCCUAUGAUAGACUGGGGAUGUGACCUUGGUAUACCUCACCUCUCUCCCAGUGACAGCUGGUAUAGGCUACAGCUUCCCAGUGACCCUGAAUUGGAUAAAUAGUUAGGAGAAUGCAUGGAUGUGUGGAUGAAGCUCUUCCUUUAUGAUGAUGUGUUCUAACAACAGAAAGAGGCUGGCCAUAAAAAACUGAAAUCACAAAUGCACUUGUGAUAAACAGAGAGAAUGUGGACACAUAGAGGUGAAACUGAAACUGAUAAUUAUUUGAUGCAGUGCACUUGUGUGAUUUAUAGCGAAGCGUGUAGUGCUACGCUGCAGACCGGUCUGUUAACAGAGUGACAGCUGUCUUGUAUAAAAGGUUUGUGAUGCUUUGAGUCAAUCAUAACUGAUUAGAAAAAUGUAAGCUUCAAGUGGGUGAAAGAAUUUACUCCUAAUCUUCUUCUACACAAUAAUGUGUACCCGCCAUCAAGAGUAGACGGCCUGAUUUGGUGCAGACCAAUGCAGAUGUUGUACCAUCUUGAAAAUCAGUCACUGGAACUAAAUUGCUGUUUCAGUUGGACUUUAAUCUCUGCAGCGUGUUCCCAGUUUUACAAGCAAUGUCAUUUGCUGCUAGAUGCCUGUGGCCAUUUUGAUGGUCAUCUUCUCGGACUUACGCAUGAUUCCAGUGACUGUAGACCGGGAGCCCUGGAGAGUGUGACCUGCAGAGCCGUCUAUGUCUCAGUCGAAGGUUUGUGCCAUAUCUAUAAGCGACAUCUACGGUUUUCUCAUUCUGAAUCAUCUUCCUUUUAUGUUCUUGUCUGUCUAUUUGUCUUUUCUCCCCAUGAAACACCUUAAAUUGAUUACAUGCCACACGAACAUCUGGCAUAAAGUGUCGGGUUGUCAGAAUUGCUCAAAAACAUUUCAUUUAGCCCUAGUGUUGUGGGUUGCGGAUGUUGUGCUAGUGUUUCUUGUUAAGUUUUAGGUCCCCCAUCCCAAAAUGAUGCAUAUUAAUAUAAAAUGUGCUUUUAAAAAAUCAGCUGCAGUGUCCCACUUACUCUGGAUAAUUCUUAGAUGUCACUGUCAGCAGUUUCCAUAGACUCUGUCCAUCAGUGUGAAGUUGUGUAUUUUCAGUGACAACUGCUCACAGCAAGGUCUUUAGAUCAUCCAGACUGUCCAUUAUCAGUCAGAUAUCUCAAAAUCUGGGCAGAUAAAAUCUAAACUGUGAAAUCCUAAAGCUUUCAUGUGCAGUAAGCAUGUAUGUCAUUUUGUAUUUGGGCUUACAAUUUAACCGAUAUGAUGGUGUCUAAAAAAUAACCAGCUCAGGUUAGCCUGCAGUCAGUCCCCUAAAUAGAUAAUUGUGUGAACAUGCAUUCAGUGGAAGCAGUGGCCAUUACUGGCACAGACAGCUGUCCUACUGUGCAGUGUGUGUAGCAGUUGUCUGAUGAGGCUUUUAUAGCAUCGCUGACAGUUUUGCUCGGUCAGAUCCUUUAUGAAAGAUGUCAGGUACUGCUCCCCAGUUCCUCUCUUCAAGAAAAAGAAGUAUGUCUCCUUCCUAAAUCUGCAGACAAGCCUCAUUUGGCAAAUAGACCACGGGCCCUAUAUCAUAAACUUCCACUAACACGCAUUCAAUCCAUCCAUUUUCGCUUGUGUUCGCUUUUAGCGCUUUACCUACUGGUUAAGUUUUGAUCCGUUGAAGGUUUGUAUCCUGGAAAAUGUGGUACUUUAACAGCAGUGAUGAUUUGUUCACUGACUUAAGCUACUUUUACAGCCUCUACUAAGUUGUCUGGAUGUCCCGACCUUUCUGGCCCUUUGAGAGGUCCAGGCAUAGCAAUGCAGUAAAAUGCUUUAAAUGAAUUUAACUAAAAUGAAUUUGUUAACUGAAAUAAAAUAGACAUUGUGUUAUGUGAAUCUCAAUCACUUGCUUUUUAAACUUUAUUUUUCUAACAUCUAUAUUUGUGCUGUUGUAAUAUUUAUUCUGUCUUGUCUGUCAUGUUGCCAAGAGAACAAGCUAUUUCUGUUUUUAAUUAGCCUCUGUGAGCUUCUUUCAAGACUUUUAAAGUGAGUCAGUAGUAACUCAACAAUAUAUUUAUCCACAGGUUUGGUUUGUAAAGCAAAACCUUUGGCCGUCACAUCUACAGAUGAUGUCAGACUCUUUAUUAGCCUGUGUGGGUGACAUUUAGGACACAGGCCCUCCAUCUUGCUUGUGCAUAUUUUGGUUCUUUUUUUUUUGGUUUUGUUACUUCAUCUGUUCACAAUCCAGAGACGGUGAACUGGCAGAGAGAGGGAGGUGUGGCAUGCAACAAAUGCCACCCAGUGUGGAGUUAAACAGUUACAGUUAGAAUAAUAUGGUAUGCCCUUAACCUUUUUAGUAUUAUGCUGUAUCAGUUUGCAGAUUCAUCAUAACACUCACUGCCCUCAAGUGCUGUUGUUUAGAGACUGCAUCUGAACUACGAUAUUUCAUUCACACAGGAAAUAUAUAUAGGCUGUCUAACUCAUGUCCAAAGCUUCCUGCCUUAGCAGAUUCAUAUUAACACCCGCUCUAGAAAAGGUAUUACUCAAUACCUUUAUUUUACAGCACCACACAGAAUGGUAAAGCUACAGCCUGAGCAGUAUAGGAUGUUUUAAAUGAUGGACAGACCAUGAAACAGUGACACGACAUAAACAGUAUUCGGUAUUUAGCAUCUGAAAUUGCAGUUGCGGUAUAUCUGCUGUGAGCUAAUAUCAGCAAAUAUAAAGCCCACCAGUAAAGGUAGUUUCUAACCAUUUUGUCUCCACUGCUAAACAUGUAAAAACUUAUUGGGUAAACUGUGCAGCAGUGGCAAAGAAAAUGUGUGUCACAGUCCUGUGACAUUUGUAUUUACACUUCAUGUAAGUGGCUACGUUUUAACAAACAAUGAAUGAACCUUUACAGUGAAAACUGGUCACUUUGAUUUUUGGCUUUUUACUUCUUUUUGCACAUCUGCAGUGAGCUGGAUGGCCUCGUAGGAGACUGCAGCGUGCCGUGAUUAAUUGGGCUGCACGGGUCUGACGCUAAACCAUCAUUAGAAUGUUAAAGUAAUGCGUGGGCAGCUUAAUUGGACUUGAAGACACGCUUAAUCAAAAUUUAGAUCACACCUUUUUCUUUUCUUUUUUUAAGUGACCUCUAAGCAGAACAUCUAAAUCUGCUGUGAGAAGCUGCUUUAUAAGGACUGUAUGUCUGACUCGCCGAGGAUCGUUCAUUUAAAGAUUCAAGCCCACCGAGCACCCAGCGUGUUUGUUAUUCACCUGUAGGGCUUUACCCGGCGCUAGGACCCAGGGUGCGCGAUUUUCAUCUCCAGCUGCUGCAGACCGAAAACUGGCAAUAAGGGAAGAUCGCGAGGACAAGCCAAAAUUACAUACUGUAUUCAUUCUACUUCAAAAUCACAUCCCCGGACCCGCAGCGAAGCCACCGCGGAGACAACAAUAGCUUGUUGCGCUGUGUGUGAAGGCUUUGUGGCUGUAGACGGCUCGGAGCGCAAGGUAAGACGGUGCAAUACCAUGCGAUUACUAAUAACAAAGGCGUUACGGGCGAGCAGGGGGCAUUAAAGGGGGCAUUGCACAAUGCUAUUGAGGGCGAGCAAAACUCUGCCAAACUUUGACCUGGAUAUCUGCAUUUUCUAGUUGUCGCUGUCUUGCGGGAGCCGCUACCGGAGCCUGUAGUUGCGGAGAUGUUUCGCUGUUAUCCCACGGCAUUAUGUAGGAUCGUGUCACAUGUAGCCUAUGGACAAGCCAACUUGUGUGUCGAGAUGACAUCUGAGUGUGCAGUCCAAGCGUGCCGGCAGUGGAUGCAGUCGGUUACCCAAACGCGGACACGGUAACUGAAGGCAAAGAGAUAUGUUUUAAUUUCAGGCAGAUUUAAAAGGCGAUGUGGACGGCGCAUCGGGCCAUCCAUUAACCUGGAAAAUAAGAACAUCACCCCUGACUGUUUCUGUGAUCGGCUGCCUUCCUCCUUUCGUUCGCUGUGGAAUAAUUCAUUACUUAGACCAAGAUGGAAGAAUAAUGCGCUUGAUUUUCACUCAAGCGCGUUAUUCUUCCAUCCUCCCAGCCUCGACAUUCAACACUGACCAGGUGAACCACCAACUCAGACGGGACAUCCUCGUCGCUGCUGGAGAGCAUGGCGGCCUAAAUAGGUAGGGUCGAUAAUCUCCAAUAUGACUCACAGAUAGAUGACUGUGAAUGCCCACUUUGAAGACGGUGUAUUCUUUCAUAAAAAGAGAUCGGGCCUUCGAUAUAAACAACGUGCCUUCAUCUAUAUCGCAGUUGUCAUAGUGCAUGUGCGGACUGCUACAUCCCUGCUCGACUGAUUUACAAAUGCACGUAUAACAAGUUUUUUUUUGAAGCCCUCAGAUGUCCGAUGUGCAGCCCGUGAACCAAACUCGUCUAUAAUUGGUGAAGCGCCGAGCGGCCGGCCACUACCGGGAUAGCUCUUGCGCGGUCGUUGAGGUCUCCGGGUUACCCCGACUCAGACACAAUGCGAUGUGUCAGCAGGCGACUUUGUGAUACUCGUGCUUUAUGCUCGGUCCUCUUCGGCGUUCUUCCUCCGUUUUUCCUUCUUUCUUUUUUUACUGAUCGACGUUUUUUUGUUUCCCAAUUUCACGUUUGGCCAUCUGUCAACGAUUUGGCUGCCUGCACGCAGCCAUUACUGAGCGAAUGGCGAAGGGCAUGUUAGAGGCUCUCACACACCGAUCCACUCCGCGAUAGGAGAGCAGCAGCGAAGUAGUUUCUGCUCGCGGUGCUCUCGGCGGAUGGACGCGAUCGUUUGUCCUGCACCGCCGUGCUGGUCAGGAUCCGACACAGAUCGUGCAUGGUAGUAAACAAACUCUUUUUCAGUGGCGCGACGAUGUCAGGGUCCCCCCCGUGUGUAUGCGUGCACGGUUAUUUCCUCACCAUCGCAAGUAUUGAGAAAAGUAGGAAAUUUGUUGGCCUAAAGGAGCGGAUACCCUUGUAAACAGCAGGCCUGCGCUGCUUUCAGGAUUCAGCAUAUCACUGUAUUUGAAGGAGAACUCUCACCUGACUGACGCAGAUACCCCCUAAGGCAUGUUGUGCUAAAGAAACACCUAUGCAGGUGGAUCCCACACUAAUGAAUGUAGGGGAUGGAGGCACGGUGAGCAGAGAGAUCAGUGCUCCAAAUAAAGCGUCUGCUAGCAUGGUGGGAAAUCCCCCCCAGACGCUCCCCCCUGAGUUCAGAGGAGAUGUUACUCUCAGUCAGCAAAAUAAGACAACUCCAACAAAAGACUGUAAGACUGUAAAAGCCUGCCCGGACAACUACAACCACAGCCCCGAACUUUCUCCGCCGCAACUGCCCAACAAUGCACCAAUGUCCGGCUUGGUCCUCACCAGCUCAGAAAAGAGAACAGACAAAAGAGCAGAAACCUCUAAGCUCAAAGCUGAUGGUUCUGGGGUCUUCCCCACUCCUCAGUGGUCGAGUGGUGUAAAAGUUAGCCAGGAGGAUUCACUCAGCCCCUGUCACAGCAAUGUGACAUCCAAUAAGAAAUCCCAUUCACAAACACAAUCUGUGCAAAGUGUCCCACCUGGGUUUCAGUGCUCUGCCAUGUUUAAACCAGCCCAGCCUGUUGCCUUCCUUCCCACAGCAAAUUUUUCCUCUCCACUUUGUAAAAUGAAUCUUCCACCAGCAUUAGGUCAGAUUGCAGCAUUGAGAGAAGCCCCAGCCACUCAGUUUCAGAAAGAAAGCCAGCCUCAAAGCUCAGGUGUUGCUGGGCCACCUCUCAUGCGGACCUAUCCCUACCCGUUGUCUGUGGCCCGGACUCCGGCUGCAGAGAAAAAGACGGGCACGUCGACCUCAAAACUCAGAUCUAACCACACAUCAAGUAAGAAUGCUAAAUCUGUUGGAGAACAUAAAUCUUUAGCUUCUGUGGUAGCCUCACCAGCUAUUGCCCUACCAUUGCAACACCCAUCAUUAACUUCAGCUGCACCCACUCACUACACCUUGUCUCCGACUGCUGCCAUUUGCUGUGGCUCUGCUCUGGCCAACAUCGCCUCACAGAGCAGAAUGCUGAACCAUGUAGAGAAAAGCAACAGCAUAGAUAAGACAACCAUGGGCUCUCUAAAAACCACACCUCCUGCAACAGACGACCACACAGUCUGCUCAGUUGAAUCAAGAGAUGUACCUCUUGAUUUGUCCGCCAAAUCAAAACGCCCUAAAUGCUUAAAUGACCCUCCUGUUACUAUGAUGGAAUCCCACAAUAAUGAGUCAAAUCAGAGAGAAUUUCUGAAUUCAAAGAAGACUCAUUCUGCAAAUUACGGCUCCGCUCUGCAAUACCCCAUCUUACCAAACACCCACCGAAAUGGAUCUCAUCAAAAGCAAUUAAAUAGGUCUCAGAAUCACCAGAUCCCAGAGGCCAAACCAGCCUGGGGUAAGGGAUCUUCACAAGAUUCAAUAAAAAACAUCCCUGGUACAUAUGUGGGAGUUGCUAGUCCAAUAUUGGCUUCUACUCUAAGGGGCAAAGAUGGAAAAGGGACGUUUGUGGAUGAAUUUCAGAGUUUCGCAAAGCAGGAGUUUAUAUCUAUAAUUGACCAAGGAGAACAUCUGGCCUCAGGAGGAAAGAAGCCAUCCUGUCUGAUGAAGGGUAACCAACACACUCACAGUGUCAAGCAUGUUAAAAACACCAGCACAACCAUAACUAAGAACUGUCCCUCAAAAGGAGCCCUAACCACUGCGUUGUUAAGCUCAACCAAUGCUCAAAUUCCUCAGAAAUGUGGGCCUGGCAAAACAGCGGUACCAUACUCUGCUCCCCUUGUCAGUCCAGCUUGGCAGCAGGCAUCUCAUCUCACAUCAUCACAUCAAGCUUCUUCUAAUCAUCGAAAAAUCACACAAGGAUCUCCAAAGACUAAGGGCACCGCAGUUACAGACAGUUGUAAGUUUCCAAGUGCCCAUCACAGCCCGUCCAAACCUGAGGAUGAUAAGUGGGAGAGAAUGAAGUCUCCUCUGUCUAACCUUGCGUCCAUUGUAAAGCAGCAAGCUCUUGAUACAACAACACUGACGGAUGAAGGUAAUUCCCAAGCAUCGCCUGUUGCAUCACGAAAAGCUGAUGGUCUGAAUCCACUCGCGGGAAAUCAAGACAUACAAUCUAAGCAUACCUCUACUUUUGAAUACCCACCAUGCUGGUCUGUGGAAAAGUGGCCUAGUGCACCAUCUCAAGGGGAUUUCACUCAAGCUAUGAAAAGACAUGACAAGGCAAAUGCCGCUGAGCUUUUGGAGAAUAACACUGACAUGCACACCAGUCAGGGAGAGCACAUGGGACUUCAGGUGAAGCAAGGCUCCUCAAAGCCCGCAGGCCAGUCUCAUCUCUACGGGAGCAGUGCAUCAACAAAUGGGAACAGGAUGGAGAGUAAACUAGCCCAGGUGUUAGAGGGGGAGAUAUUGAGGAAAGAAAGUGGGCCGUCAGACAGUCCUCCUGGUGACAAAUUGGAGGGCAUGGCUGCAUCUAUUCUUACAGGCCAGUGUGCAGGGGGAGGCGACAAGUUUGAGAAGAAAACAAACGGAACCAAAGAGGAGUCGCCAACCAAAGCAAAAGCUGCUGCCGUCAAACAAAAGAAGAACGGUCCUAAGAAGCCAGCAAAAGAGAAAUCUCCAACAGAUGCAUUACAGAAGGCUGCAAGAAGGAAAAAGCAAGAGACAGAAAAUACUCCAACCAAAGUGUCCCCUAAAAAGAAGAAGAAACAAUGUGCACCUGUGCUGGAGCAGAGUCUGUCAGCGGGAAAACCUUCCCCUCCAACUAAAGAGGCGAUUCCAAGGGAAAAGAUCAGUCCCAGCAAGGCCGAGCAGCAAACCUGCAACAAAUCAGUUCCAGAUAGCAGUCCUCAGACUUUGGAGACUUCAGCGUCUCUCAUUAGUCCCGCCGUAUCCACCAAGGAGGCCGAAGCCACAGAGUGCUCCUUCCCAAGACUGAGGCGAAGGCGGCGGCGAGUUGAUGACGCUCGACUUGACCUCUGGGGCUUUGCGACGCCCUCCCCUCCACCCCCGCCAAUGCCUCCUCCCCCAGUAUCCCCUUCGCCCUCUCUGACUCUGCCCCAACCUGUUCGCCGUCCGAGAGGGAGGCCUCGAUCAAAUCCUCUGCCGGAACGUACGCCACAGGGCAAGGGAAAAACAUCUGGCGCUGAGGGCGAUACGCCAUCUCGUAAGAAACGUCGGCGAUGUCGUAAUAAGAAGUAUCAGACUGGGGACUACAUCACAGAGAAAGACAAGCUGGAAGAUGGAGAACACCUCGAAGAAUCUAACUCUCUGAUAAAGGACGCUGGAGUCCCAGAAGUUCCACAGGUGGAACAUUGUCCGAGUCCCGCUGCCCCCAGUCCAGAGCCUCUUCCCAAGAGACCGUCAGUCACUCGCUCAGGAUCGGUUCGCUACCAGGAGAGUGAAGAAUCUCCAGAGUGCAAUGAUAAGCCUUCAGGGAAGAGGAAGUGCAAAAGCAAACACCUAUGUGACAGUGAUGAGCCGAAGAAUAAGACCAAACGCUGCAGUUUGGGCAAGAGUAGCGCCUCCCUCACCUUGGAUGAUGAUGGAGCUGAUGCAAAAGUACCAGUUAGCCCAUCACCAGCUCCAAAAAGUUUGCCGUCCUCUCCAUCUAAAAAGAAAAGCUCGUCAGGAAGAAGCAGCGGUCCAGAUUCUCCGACCAAAAGGCCCGUUCCUCCAGAGGUUCGCCGGCUGAUUGUCAAUAAAAAUGCAGGGGAGACGUUGCUGCAACGUGCUGCGCGCUUGGGCUAUCAGGACGUAGUCCAGUAUUGUCUCGAAAAGGACAUCCGGGAGGUCAAUCGGCGUGAUAAUGCCGGUUACACAGCUCUCCAUGAGGCGUCCUCCCGGGGCUGGACUCAGAUUGUCCAGAUGCUGCUGAACAAUGGUGCAGAUGUCAAUUGUAGUGCUCAGGAUGGAACACGCCCACUUCACGAUGCAGUAGCAAGUGAUAACUUACCAAUAGUCUGGUUGCUUCUGAACCACGGUGCAGACCCAACUCUGGCGACCUACUCUGGACAUACACCAGUCAAAUUGGCACAUAGUGCAAGCAUGAAGAAGUUCCUCACAGAAUAUUUCACAGACCUGGAAGGCCGCAAUGAACAGGAUCCUAGUUUACCCUGGGAUUUCUACAGCAGCUCGCUGUUCGAGACUGACCAGGAGCCGUGCUGGGACUUCCUGCUGUCUGAGCAGAACCAGGAGUUGGAGGAGAAUGUAACGGGGAAGACCGAGCAAGAGUCGGACAAAGAUUGUCUUAUGUUCGAGUUCUCCUCGGAGCCUCUGCUACCCUGCUAUCACGUGCAGGUGUCAUUAACACAGGGUUUUUGCAACUGGUUCCUGCUGACGGAUGUCCUGAAGCGCCUGAAGAUGUCUGCGCGGAUUUUCCGGGCGCGGUAUCCACACUUGGAGGUGGUGAGUUUGUCGCACGCUGAGCUCUGGAGGCAGGUAUCGGUCAGCCAGGUGAGCUCCGCUUUGGUUUCUCCCUACAAAAGCAAAACUAAGGAGGAAGAGAAAGAAGAGGAGGACGAAGACGGACUUGUGGAUCUGGUGCGUUGUGUACCGGAGCUCCAGAGAUUACUGGGUUCCUCGAUUCACAUCCUACAAGAGGACGAGGAGGAAGAGGAAGAGGUAGUGACAAACACAGGGAAGCCUCACAGCCGAUAGCCUCUCUUGAGCUGCGCCCCAGCACCACGCAAACUGUCAUUUUGUCAGCCUUCCCUCCAGGCAGCAGCUCAGUGGAAACCUCUCCGUCCGUUGUAACGAGGGUCAAAGAUUUUAUCUCCAGCUACAGUAACGACUGACACUCCACCGAUGACCUCUGACCUUUGGCAGAAGUCAUCUGAAGGACCUGCACACAGGAGUUGUCGAUGCUGGAUAGCAGCUUUCAGGUUCCUAUCUAUAGGUAUAUUUGAAUACAUGAGAACUAUUGAGUAAACCUUUUUAUUAAUUAUGUAUGUACAUGGUAGUGUAUAUGUAUAUCUUGCCAUCAGGGUAAACACAUUUGAUUCUAUAAAUGUAUUCUUGUGGCAGAGGACGGAUAAUGUUUAGGACUUUUUUGUUUUAGUUUGUUCCUGAGGGAAAGCGAUAUUUUUCGACGGGAGAUAAUCCAAGGCUUUUAUCUUGGUGAAGUCUUGCGUACAGCUAAGACGCUUAAGUCAGGGAGGCCAUUGGCCCAGAUGGUUUCUCUGUCAACCUGAGAGAUCUGGAGACCUGCAGAGAAGAGAUCGUGGCACAUAACAUUCAGACCUAAUCACCCGCUCAGAGCCUCCUUUCCAUUUUUCACUUCCGGUGUCCUCGAGAUCAUUUCUGAAUGGACCUGAUAAUUUAAAGUGUUGAUUUUUUUCCUGUGCAUUUCACAUGGUGAGGCAGGCCCGCGAAAGCUGUUCCGGUCCCUGGUUGCAGUAUCAAAUAAGGCUGUUUCGGACAUUGAGGCGCAGAGUUUGUUUACAGAACUGGACAGACAGUAGUCUUCUCUACGCGUCCUAAUACAGAAUCCUGUGGAUCUCUCUCAGAGGAAACUUUCUACCAUCUCUGGAGUCCAGAGGAGCCACGACGGUCCCCCAACUUCCCAAUAUGGUGUUUCCAGCUCCCAGAGUGCUUUGUGUUGCAGUGUUUUAUUUACACUGUUUGUUGUGCUUAAUUUAAUAGUCAUUAAUAUAUUUGAUCUCUUGUGUAUCUGACAACCCUAUCUAUGAAAAAUACUUUCUAUGGUUGGUGCUUCAUUCUGAAAUGUACUUAUUAUUAGGAUCCCUUUAUUCUGAGAUUUCCCUCCUUCAUUCAAAAACAGUAUUUCAAAAACAAAGGAGAAAAAAAGAGAAAAAAAAGCAAAAGUACAGUUUUAUUGUACUGGUGCUACACUAGAUUUUGUGUUGACAAUCAAUGAAGUUUUGGUUUGAAGUCACAAACUAACAAAAGAUAUUUAAGAUGAAGAGACUUAAGGUGUAAAGAAAAGUAUAGUUUAGUUAAAGAAAAUGGGAUACAACAAGUGUGAGAUCUUCAGAGAGCCUUUUAUUUGAUUCUUUUAUAAGAAAUAAACAAGAAUAAAGCAUGGUUGUGAAUCAUAA